UGCGAAGGAGUGAGCAAGAUGAUCAGAUAUUUUUCCUUGGUCCUACUGGCCGCCAUUGCACUCUCCGGGGCGCACGGAGGAUUCCUGCGGGUGAAGAGAGGAUACACCUCAGGUGGAGGAGGCUACGGUGGAGGAGGAUAUGGAGGUGGCAACUAUGUUCUCAACACCGGUGUAGGCGGCUAUGGGGGAAGCACAAAUCCUUACUCCGCCGGGGACGUGGCAAAUCAAGCGGCGACUACUGCACAGGCGCUGGCAGCCUCACAGCAAGGAGCUUCUGCAUAUGCAGCUCAGCAAGCAGCGUUCCAAGUGGCCCAGCAAGCCACCGCGAGUGCUGACGCUGCCAAUGACGCCUCAUACGCCAAGUUCGCCCAGGCCGCACAAACUGCCAUCGCCCGGCAAGGGGCUUUGGCCAAGGCGCUUGCUGAAGGCGCUCAGCGACAGUUGCAGGAGAGUGUCGCUCUCGCAGCAGAAACCCAGAAGCUUUCAGCCAGGAGAGUGGCUGAAGCCUUGAGGGAAGCUGAAGCAGGAGCUUAUGGCACAGCGGGUAUCGCAGGAGAAACGUUGUCAGCUGCUCUGGCAGACUACAGUUCGCAGAAUCAGAUGGUUUGGAAUGCGCAAGCGGCCGCGCAUGCGCUUGGUAGUCAGCAAACGCUGGCCAACGCAGACCUGGACGGAGCGCAGGCUGCAGCAGCGCGGGCUACCGCCGCUGCCACCAAAGCCGGAGCGAGGGCCUCGGUGGGGUCAGGUUUUGGCUCGUACCACUAGUGCCUUUGAUCACAUGCACCGAUAAAUUAAAUGUCUGCUGACGCACAUAACUUCUGGAGACUCAUGUCAUCCGGGAAUUAAAUAUUAAAUAUUUUUGGACACUUCCAAUUAUUGAUUCAGAGAGCUCUCAUGAAGUCAGUAUUCCAAUUAAUGGGUAUAAACUGAAUGAGUUUCCGUCUCUCAUCAUGAUAGAAGACAGUCUUAAUAAUAGAAGACGGUCAUAAAUAAGAGUCCUAUCUUAGAACGGUAGAGGGCGUUGCGGUUUAGUCUCACUGGAUGGACAUCCAGAUUUUGUUUCUCAAUAUUAUCAAAGUUUCGUUCGGAAUUGCAAUCAGUAUAAAAUAGAAAACACUAUAUUCAAAAAUUCAGCCGUUGAACUAAGUUGUUUUGAUUUUAUUUAGAAUCGCAAAACAAUGCCGACAUUUUCAACUGAUUAUUAUUAUCAGCAGGAAGCAAGAUGUUUUUAGUUUUAUUCUACCGUAUCUUCAGAAAUUUACCGUCAUAAAUUCUCACGAAUCUUCAAUCGAUCAGUGAAUAUAACUUCGCUUGAAUUCUGAUCAUUACUCCAACUACAAGAUGAAAGGCAAAUAAAUAAGGCUGUCGUUUU